AUGCCCAUUCGCAUCAAUCUGCCGCCACUGACCCGCGCAUUACUGCUCCUCUUGUUGAUCUGCUCUCUGCUUAAUGCCUCAUUCAGUGUACGCAGUCUCAUCCGCGUCCAGGCCGUUCCUGCCCUGGCCAUCAUCCCUGCGAAGUCGUUAAAAUACCCAUGGACCACACUUACUGCUGCCCUGGUUGAGACCAACCUCGUCAGUUUUGCCAUAUCCGCCAUCACCAUCUUCUAUGGAGGGAGAUAUCUGGAACGCGCCUGGUCCACUCAAGAAUUCGCCAAGUUUGUCCUGUUUGUGACCAUGAUCCCAAGUUUAUUGACCUUGGGUGUUUACUCUCUGUGGUUCUUCGUUACGGGAAGUCAGAUUCGAGCGUCAGUCCAUGCCUGUUGCCAUAAGACACUGUUCCUUGCUGACAUGAUUAGGAACACCAUCAUCAAUGGUAAUGUCGCCCUCGAAGCCGCUUUCCUCGUCGCUUUCAAGCAGCUCGUGCCUGAACACACCGUCUCCCUCUUCCGUGCCUCGAUCCGUAUGCGCGUCAAGCACUUCCCCGCUGUCUUUGUCUUGCUGAACAGCUUGUCUGGCCCCCUACUAGGCACCGACACUGCCUUCUUUNUGUCAUGGCUGGGUUUCCUGACCUCUUGGAUUUACUUGCGCUUCUACAGAAUAGCCCCCUUGCUGGCCACAACUGCCACAGGUGAAGAAGCUGUCAUAAAGGGCGAUGCUAGCGACACUUUUGCCUUCUCUCACUUCUUUCCCGACUCGAUCCAGGUUCUUCUCGAUCCUUUGACCGACUCCAUCUACAAGACUAUGGUGGCCUUCAGGCUAUGUGUGCCAUUCUCUGAAGAAGCCAUCGAUCAAAGCAACGAACAGGCGUCUGCGCGGGCAGAGGGCGGGCUACCCAGCUUGAUGACUGGCGGAAGAGGAGGUCAUGUUGGAGGUCGGCGGGAAGAAGCAGAGAGGAGGAGAGCGCUUGCUUUGAAAGCUCUUGAUCAAAGGUUAAACGCAGCUGCGGCAGCUCGUACUCCUGCUGAACCACAAUCAGCACACACAGCUGAAACAGGCCCAACCGAACCUGUAACUACCUAA